AAAUUAGUCAAUUUGCCUGAUUCUGGUGGACUCAUCAAAAGAUUUAUAUUUUUAUUAACGAUUAUUUCAAUGAUGCCAUGCGAAAUCAAGAAAAAUUUAAACCACAAUUUAUGCUAAAUUUGUUUCCCAAAAUAAGCAAUCCAUUUAUUUACAUGUAUUGUAAUUACUCAAAGGACGAAUGACCAUUGGACUCAAUCAAAGUUGAAGCUUGAAAAAGUUUUCCUUUCUCACGGUCUUUACAUUAUUUUACAUUUUAAUUUUUCUAUCUUCAUUCAUUUUCAUGUUAACUCGUCUACUAUCUUUAAUUUCUGUGCUAUUCUGGAGUUGAUUUGAAUUUAAUUUAACAAUAAUAACAUUAAUUAAUUGUCUGUUUCACUCAAAGAGUAAUUCAUAAUUUAUUGUUGUAAAGCGCCAUCUCGUUUUUAUCAUUUAAGUUAUUUGAUAGAUGGCGUCUACCAACUUCAAAUUGUAAUGAAAUUGUAUACUCAGUGUGUCACAAGUGUUGACUGAUUGAGUUGAUCAUUUUUUUCCUCAUUUUUUGCUUAAACAUCAAUUAAUUUUUGUUCUCAUUGUGUGAUAAACUUAUUGUCUAUUAUCUUCUCUAGUUAUUAAACAAUCUUGUUGGUGUAAAAGUCUUAGUUUCUGUGUUUCUUUUCUUUUCAUUGGAAUACGUCACUUUAAGGGUGUGAUGAACACAUAAAAUAAGAUGGCCUCCUGUAAGGUAAUCCUUCUUGAUGGGACCGAGUUUCAAUGCAAAGUUAAUGCUCGGACUAAAGGGAUUGAAAUAUUUGAGCAGGUUUGCGAUCAUUUAAAUCUAUUAGAAAGAGACUAUUUCGGCUUGUCUUAUAAAGACCAAGAAGAUACCCGAAAUUGGAUAGUGUUGGAAAAAAAAUUAUCUGGCCAGUUGAAAAAUUUACAUUGGUUGUUGCAUUUUGAAGUCAAGUUUUAUCCUCCUGAUCCAUCCCUAUUGCAAGAGGACAUCACUCGCUACCUUCUCUGCCUUCAAGUUAGAAAUGAUAUUCUUUCUCAAAGAUUACCGUGUUCUUUUGUUACAUAUGCUCUACUUGGAUCUUAUUUGGUCCAGUCAGAGUUAGGUGAUUAUGAUCCAGAAGACCAUGGUCCCGGUUACCUUAGAGAAUUUCGAUUUGCACCAAAUCAAAAUGAAGAAUUGGAGGAAAAAGUUGCCGAACUACAUCAACAACAUAAAGGUCAAACCUCUGCAGAAGCGGAGCUUCAUUAUCUUGACACUGCCAAAAAGUUAGCAAUGUACGGUGUUGAACUCCACCCAGCUAGUGAUUCUUCUGGUGUAUCAAUUAUGAUUGGUGUUUGUGCCUCAGGUCUCUUGGUUUACAAAGAUCGGCUCAAAAUGAAUCGAUUUGCUUGGCCUAAAAUAUUGAAAAUAUCUUACAGAAGAAAUAAUUUUUAUAUUAAAAUUCGCCCCGGUGAAUUCGAACAAUUCGAAUCUACUGUUGGAUUCAAGUUAGCCAACCAUAGAGCAGCUAAAAGACUUUGGACUACUGCUGUAGAGCAUCAUACAUUUUUCAGAUUGACCGAAGCCGAGCCUCCACCAAAACCAAAAUUAUUUUUUCCAAGAUUUGGCUCAAAGUUCCGUUACUCUGGUCGUACUCAGCAUCAAACUCGCCAAUCAAUCAUUAAUCGACCUCAACCACAAUUUGAACGAACUUUAAGCAGUAAACGAAUAUCAACCCGUAGUGUUGAUGGAGCCACUGGCAUUAAACGAUCUCGAACUGACGAGAUUCGUCGAGGUGACAACAAUCGCAAUACCAUUGCAGGUUCUCGAGCAGACUCAGACAGGUACAGUCGGAAUGAAGAUAGAGUCCGAUCAGCAACAGGGAUUUCAUCGACAACAGCAACUACUCCAGAAAGUAUGAACAACAAAAGUUUUCCAGCUGAAAGUCCCGUACCUGAUGAUUCAUCAAUUAAAAAGCAUAAAAAACCAAUUGGCGGGAUUGCUGUUUUACCACCAAUGGACAUAAAAAAGAUAGAAGAUGCACGGCGAAGUCCAAUUGAACGGCCUAGAAGUAAAAGUCCAGCCACUGGAAUAGGCCAAGAUUCAUCUGGUUACUCUUCAACUCAACGAGCAUCACACCUUAAUGAAGGAGAGAAGGCCUCUAAGUAUGGUCAAGCAGCUGAGCUGAAAUCAAGUCAAGCUAACGGCAAAAAAGAGUCUGCUGCCAGUUAUUAUGGUGGUAGACAGGUUUCAGAAGGAGUCGGAAGAGGGGUUACAAGUUCAGAGAAUUACAUGUUUAAAGCUGGACCUAAUCCUGCUACCAAAGAGUAUAUUUACACCGUUCAUGAUGAUACAAGCAGUAAAAAGCCUUUCAGAAUUGAAGAACACGGUUUUAAUUAUACAAAUAUUCGUGAUGGUAAAACAUCUCCUGCAUUUAGCGAUGGAACCAGUUCUUUAACUCGCCAGCAAGAUGCUGCAAGAAAAGCUACCGCCUUAGCAUUUACAUAUCGACCCGAGUCAACAACUGGGGAAAAUUCAAUCGAUGCUUCACGCCUCAAAUCUAGAGAUUCAAGGAAUAAUACUUCAACUUCACCUAGAGAAACAUUCUUUACUGAAAUCAAACCAUCAACUUAUACAUUGCCAAGUGCAGGUAAAGCAAGUGAUAUAAAGGAAACUUUUAUGAAUGAGAAAACUAUGAGCAAUGAAAUAUCAAAAAGAGAACAAGUUUAUCAGACUAGAUUAACAAGUUCGCCUAUUCCAGAUAAAGUGAAAGAAACCGAUUUAUCCGGACCUUAUGGUAGCACUCGAUAUAGCAGUUACAACAAUCGAACCAACAAUUACCAACAACAACAACAACAACAACGAAAAAGUUUCGUUUCAGAAUCUCCUUCACCAAAACCUCCUUCAACAACUCCUGAUGUUGGCGGUCGUGUAUCGCGCAACUCUCGAAUCGACUCUUCGGCAUCAGAACAUGGUUCCUCUGAAAGUAGUCUUGAUGAAUAUGCUGAAGAGGAUGGUGUCAAUUAUAUUGGUGAUGAGAGUCCAGUCAAAGAAUCUGCUAUCACUAGAUCUACACCUAAAACUACACCAAGUAAACCUCCCAUAUCCACUAAGCCUACUUUAACUUCCUCUAAUCAAUCAUAUCGACCAGGCUCGCUUACUGAGAGCUAUAAACUUCGGGAUCAAAAUAAUUAUUCCAAGACUAGUACAACACCGCACCUUACAUCAACUUCCACUCCAUCAUCUAAAUUAUCUAAACCACCUACAACUCCAAGCACUGACGGUAACUAUAGCAGCUAUUUAACUCCAACCAGUGGAAAGGAUAUUUCACCGAUCUCGUCAGCUCCUCGAAUAACCCAUGCAAGUAGAAAACGUGUUAUAACUAAAUCCGACGGUUCUGUUGAAGAAACUGAAGAAGUAGUUGAGCCAUCCUCACCAUAUCAUUCACUGACUGCUGCCUCUAAACCUGUAAUAGUUGGCGUUGUCCCCACAACAACCACCGCUACCAGCACCACCUCUAACAAUAAGCUCAGUUCAAUUUAUUCGACAAGUGAAGGAUCUCGCAAGACACAAAGAUCACCUGUUCCUCCUCGGAUAAGUGAAUCAAGUCGCACUUUAACCUCAUCAACAACAACAUCAACUACUAGCAACUAUAAGACUGGUGAAGAAACUGUCAAAGACACAGAGAAAGGAUUAACCACAAAAAAGACUGUCAAUGUUACAGAAGAGAAAGAAAAAACUGUCGGAACCAAAAUUCAUGAAACAUCUAAAGUAAUAACCGGAAAGCUUGAGGAUGUUGCACCGUUACUCCAAGCUGAAGGGUUUGACAUUGAUACAUCUAAAUUGAAAAUGGGUAUCGAACCUGUUCCAAUAAAAACUGAAGAGACAAGGAAAGUAUCCUACACAACUACUAAAGGACCAAAUGUGCCAUCAACUACUCCAUCUAAACCGAGUCGAACAUCACCUUCAACAGCCAAUGGUAGUCAUGGAGCUACUCGAACCACAUCACCUUCACCAAGACCCACCCAUGUUGAAAGAGAUAACUCAAGAGAUGCCGGUGAACCUAAUACAGGACUAAGUCAAUCUGAGUUAAUCUCUUCACAAUCUCUCUCUAGUAAAACUAGAACCGUAGAAACUGUUACGUAUAAAAUGGAGAAAGAUGGUGUUGUUGAAACACGGGUCGAGCAAAAGAUAACAAUUAAAAGUGAUGGAGAGCCAAUAGAUCAUGACAAAGCUCUAGCUGAUGCCAUUCAAGAAGCAACUAUGAUGAACCCUGACAUGACGGUCGAGAAAAUUGAGAUCUCUCAACAAUCAAGCAUCAACUAGCCAAUCAAUAUAAAACAAAAGACAUAUACCGAUCACAUCAAAACAUUUUUUUCGCCCAUUGACUCUGCUAUUUAAACUCUUUUAAAAUUGAAAAGACAAAAGCAUUUUCUUUCCCUUUCCCGCCUCUAUCUAAUUUGUUAUAUCUGUUUGUGAACUAGUAACCAUCUGAUUAUUGUGAAUUAUCAUGACUUCUUGGGCCUUCUUCAACACUUUUUCGACUUUAUCCCCUUUGUUGUUCAAUCAUCUUGUAAUUCACACUUUUCUUUCUUCCUUUUCCCCUCUUGUUUUUCGCUCUUGAUCAUUUUUUCCAUGCAUUUUUUCACAAUCACACAUACAAACACCAACACCAACUACAAGACAAAUUCAUUAUUAUUACGUAAAGAAAGUUAAGCAAGCAAUAUAUAUUAAAUCUAAAGUAAAUUUAAAUUACAAAUAAA